UACAUACAUAUACCCAACUCUCACAGGCAUGGAACUACUCUGCAUGGAGACUACCCCUAAAAUCCAGCGAGCCUAUCCCGACCAAACCCUCCUCAACGACCAACGAGUCCUCCAAAACCUCCUGUUCACCGAGGACAGAUACAUCCCCAGGAUUUCUUAUUUCGAAUGUGUCCAGAAAGAAAUCAAACCAUACAUGAGAAAAAUGGUGUCAUUUUGGAUGCUGGAGGUUUGUGAAGAGCAGAAAUGUGAAGAGGAAGUCUUUCUGUUGGCCGUGAAUUAUCUGGAUAGAUUUCUAUCUUCGGUUCCCACUCGAAAAUGUCAUCUCCAGCUGCUAGGGGCAGUCUGCAUGUUUUUAGCGUCAAAACUGAAAGAGACGAUCCCACUGACAGCUGAGAAACUCUGUAUUUACACAGACAAUUCAGUCACCCCCGAAGACCUCCUGGACUGGGAGAUAGUUGUCCUUGGGAAACUGAAAUGGGACCUGUCUGUGACAACUCCAAAUGACUUCAUUGAACACAUCCUCGGGAAGCUGGCGUUUCUAACGGACAACCUGGAACUUAUCAAGAAACACACUCAAACGUUCAUCGCCAUGUGUGCCACAGAUUUCAACUUUGCCAUGUAUCCGCCAUCAAUGAUCGCGACCGGGAGCAUUGCUGCAGCUAUCCGUGGCCUCGACAUCAAGUGCAGUAACCUCUCGGGUGAAUCUGUGACAGAGCUGCUAGCCAAGAUUACCUGCACAGAGCUGGACUGCCUCAAGGCUUGUCAGGAACAGAUUGAAGCUGCCCUCACGGAGAGCCUAAAACAGUCUCAACAGCAACAGGGCAGAACCAUGUCAAAGACUGUGUACAAGCCAGAUCUCACCAGCACUCCGACAGACGUAAGAGAUGUCAACCUGUGAACGCCUCGGGCAGCUUUGAUUUCAAUGAAGAAGUGCGGCUUAGCUUUUAUAGUACGUCAAUAUAUCCAACCAAGAUUCUCUCUUUCUUUGAUUCAAUUGGGGCGGAAACACCGAUGAAGACUCAAGACUUGAAGGAAGAUUGUGGAAACAGAAAUGUAGCAUUGAUAAUCAUCUUACGAACUCUUGCAUCUUAUGACUGUGACGUUUAUAUAGAAGGGAACUGGAAUGUGAUUAGUAGCAAAUCUAGUACUGAAUCCAACCACCCACUUUGUGUGAUGGGUGUGUUGGAAUAUCGUGUUUUUCCCCCCCACCCCCCUCAACACCUUCCUAAGAGUGAUGUGGCCGAUUCAUCUUCAUUGUAACCUUCCUGUUAACUACCUGCACCAUCUCGCUUUCAGCUAAUGUCCAAGAGCUACUGAAAGAUUAUCUCCUCAAACCUUUGCAGAAGUUUGCUUUACAAUUUAAAAAAAUAAGGAUGUAAGCCUUGCAAAAAAAAAAAAUUAUAAGUACAAUUAAUAGGGAUGUUCAUUUAACAAGCACAUGACUGCCUUUGAUCUGAUCCCCUGCGUGCUUAAAUCAGUAUUCGUAGCUUGCUUAAUGGAGGUGUUCUGGUAAGUGGGCGAUUCUAAUGUUAAGAUGUCCCAGUUAGCAGACCUCAGCUGUUUUGCACAGUGGCAUAUGAGGAUAUAACUCUGUAAUAUAUAGAUUAGUUUUGCUACUUGGUUUGAUGGAGGGAUGGUAAGAAACCUCUUAAAUACGGCAUGUUGUGAUGUACCAAUUUGUAGACAUCAAUGUUGUUUUGCACAAUGAUAUACAAGGUUCUAAUUGUAUAUAAUAUUUAAGAAGGCAGUAACAAAUAGUGGGAAACCAGAAAGAAAAGAAUUGUAGGGGUAACCUGGAAUAUAAAUUACUAGAUUUUCAGACUGCUAUGGCCCCAAUUUUAAAAAUAUAUAUACACAGGUGUAACGGAAUACUGUUAUUCCCCAAUAUUAGAAUGUGUGCCUUGUGCUUUGUGCUCAUGUGGUAUAUUUAAUGGUUUUCCCCAAGUUCCUGUCUAUAAGUAAGGAAGCCUUGUAUUGGAGUGCAUUGGAGAAAGUCCAGUGUAGUCUUUAUAAUAUUUGACAUUCUUUCUGUACUUGAAAGGAAGCACAGUUAUUGUAAUGACUACAAUGGAUUCUGUCUUGUUGGGGGUGGGGUGGCGUCCACACUGGUUUCGUUAGACUCACGCCUGUCCUGGUUGCUUCCGGGCUGUUUCUGUGCGGAGGUGAGCGGCCCUCACUGCGCCAGGUCUGAGUGGAAGUGACCCGUUACUUGUGCACGGUGACGUUGCAGAGAAUCCUUUGGUUGGGACAAGGCCUUGUAUACCCAGUGGCUUCCUGCUGGAAAGAGAGUGGGAAAGGAUGAGCGUAAGGCAUUGUAGGAUGUAGCAGGGUGUGGGUGCACGUAGAGACCAGAACUCAAGCCAGGGUAGUUUUCAAAGCAGAAGCCGCAGCCACUUUAGAACAGAGGACAGCACCAGCUCACCACAUCUGUGCUGACCACAGUGCCAAUCUGUUACACCUGCCUGUACAUAGUCCGUGUCCCUCUGUUUCUUGCCUGUCCAUGUGGCUGGCUUAAAAGCCUCCAAAUAAAAAAACAUUCCUGAUGUUUCUAUUCCUACUGUAUUCCCUGGCAGUGUGUUCCAGACACCCGCCACUCCCUGUUUAAAUCAAACUUUCACCACUGACCUCCCUCUCGCCUUAAACCAGUGCCUUCUAGCAUUGGACAACUACACCCAGGGGGUGGACAGUGAUCCCGUCUAUCAUCUCAUAAACUUCCGUUGGGUCCCCCCUUGGCCACUGGCACUCCCAACCUCCACAUGGAUAAUACUCACCAAACCAGUCGGUGGCAGAGAGGGAGCUUUUGAAGAGAUUGAACCAGCUGCCUUUAAACAGCAUGGACAUUAGGAUGGGGGGCAGUGCAAUGCCCAAAGAUUGUUUAGCUGGAACAACUAACUAAGGUGCUUGUCAUUUUUAGCUUUCUUGUGCUGAAAAGUAUUGGUCAGGUCCUCCCCAAAUAAGACUCGCCCUUACCCCCACCCCCAACUUUUGAGUUUUGCAUUGAGGGGAUUCCUUCUCCAGGGAUUUAUCGCUUUUCAUCAUAAUUGUUAAUUUAUAGGCUGGAGCUCCUGAGUAUUAAUUUCCAGCUUAUCAGAAAAGCUUUGCUUUGUGUCUGCAUCACAAAGCCUAAUCUUGGCUACUUAGAAAUAAGAGGUAAUUUUUUUUCUCAAAGUUUUUUUUUCAGAAGUCCUAGAAAAAAAGAACCAGUGGUGAAAUCACUGGCAGAGUAGAGAUCAGGACUUCAGUUCUAUGGCAUGGAUCGCUGACAGGAGAAAAUCUGCAGAUGCUGGAAAUCCAGAGCAACACACACAAAAUGCUGGAGGAACUCAGCAGCUCAGGCAGCAGUCCUCCUGUUUUCAAGAUCAAACAGUAAACAUCGACUAUUUACUCUUUUCCAUAGAUGCUGCCUGGCCUGCUGGGUUCCUCCAGCAUUUUAUUUUGUGUGUGUGACGUGGACCCCUCUACCUAGUAUUUAACAGAACAAAGAUACCUCCUGAGGUCCUGCAAGGCCUGAGAAUUGGACCUGUUUGUAGGUGCUGAUCCAAGCAUGGCUGUUCCCCACAACCUGCUUCCCUUUGAUUUUUAACAAAACCAUUGACUCUUUCCACAACUGUCCUGAGAAUUCCUUACAGCUUUGUUUUAUGAAAGGUCUUCUUGUGAUCUACUGUUUCUUCUCUACUGAUGAUUCAGAACAAGUAAUGCCCAUCUGCUAAGGGAACAUAAGGGGAAAGGAACAGAACCAUUAGGUUACGGGUUCCAUUAAAACAAAAAUCAAGACUCUAAACAAUAUUAGAGCAAAAUCCCUGGUGAGUCUCAUCAGCACCUUUGUCAUGGACAGGAGUCCAUUUUGAAGCAAAUCCGUAAUACCUGACCUCUGAUCAGAAAUUGGGUGCUGUUUUAGUUUUUAAUCCUCUAGACUAGGGGGUCCCAAUGUUCUGUACGCCAUGAACCUCUACCAGUGACUAAGGGGUCUCUGGUCACCAGAUUGGGAACCCCUGCUCUAUUCAGUGAUUGGUACUUUAAACUACACUUGUUCUUGGCUGGAUUUAGUUCAGAGUAACACACACACACACACACACAAUGGUGGAGAGACUCAGCAGAUCAGGCAGCAUCUAUGGAGAGGAAUAAACAGUUCGCAUUUCAUGCUGAGGCCCUACUCAAACAUUGACUGUUCGUUCCUCUCCAAGGAUGCUGCCUGACCUGCUGUGUUCCUCCAGCAUUUUGUGUGUGUUGCUCUGGAUUUCCAGCAUCUGCAGAAUCUCCUGUGAUUUGGAUUUUAACUGAGGCCUUCUUCAGCAUCUAUUUUUAUUUAAGAUGCCUCUAUUGAUAAAGUUUGAGUGCUUUUUACUAUCUUCAGAAGAAGUUUAUAGGUUGCACUGAACACUGGUGUGAAUGUUGGCCCCAGGACUUAUUAACUUUCACUUGCAGUUCCAUUGAAUUUUGCAUUGACUGAUUUUUCCUUGUUCCAUUCCCCACCCGUUUUCCAGAAAUAGUUCCUGCACUGAGCAUGGAACGUCAGGUUUCUUUGUCAGUGAAUGAAAGCAAUCAAUAAUGUGUGUAUUACUUUUACUCUCCUAGUACUACUUUAAUCAUUAUUACUCUUACCUAGUAGCAGAGACUUGUUUAACUGUUCCAAAGUACUGCAGGAAUUUCCGAACAAGGCAUAUGUAGGGAUUAGUUUUCGAGGAGGAAGGGUGUUGAGAUUUUGCAAUGCAAAUUGCAGCUCAUGAGUUUGUAUGAAACUUGGUUUGUGACAAGAAAUAAUACUUAGCAAUAUAGACCGGAUGGGGAACGUGACAGUAGACAUUUCAUUUAUUGUAAAAGAAUUAAUAAUUCUAAACUUAAUCUGAUAAAUCACCUUGUCACUCAGUGCAGAGUGGUGUGACAUGGUGUCCCUUCAGAGUUGUACCACAGUGCUUUGAGUAACUUGCUUUUUUUUGCUCCCGCACUCUACGCAGGGAGUUAGUUUUUGCCCUUGAGUAGUUUUUGACUUGCAUUGUACUACGGCUGCCAUUAAGGGAUUAAUUUUAUUUUAAAGUGCACAGUGUUUCUCCCGCUGGUGAAACCUUUGAAGGGACAUUUGAUUCUUCAGUAGAGCACAGUACUAGCAGGGAUAACGAGCCUGUUCUUUCCAAUGUGAUGCAUUGCAAGCAGUGCCGUAGAUUCCCGUUACAUGGCUGUACACGAUUACUUUAUACUUUAACCCACAGCGCUGAAUUAGCAGACACUUCAGCUGAAAAUACUUCAUGGUUGGGAGCUACAUGUUGAAAAUAUUGCAGAUUUAAUUCUUGGUUCAGUUGAGGCACUCGGCUCUUUCCAUUCAUUAAGUGUUACAGCGUCAACACAGCAGCAGGCAGGGGAUUCAUCUCCUGAAGACAUCCUAUUGAGAGUGGACCUUUGCGCAAGCCAGCGGGCUUGCCCCACUGACGGGGAUUGAUGUAGCAAAUCAGCCCGACGAACAUUCCCGCGUAGUAGCACAGAACUGUACCACAGACAGCAAGAAGUAUGUUCUCCCUGUUACCAAAGUUCUCUUAAAUGCUGGAGUCUAAUCCACAAGCACUACUUCCACUGGCAGCUCGUUCCACACGCUCACCAUCGUCUUGGGUCAAGAUGUUUCCCCUUAAGUAUUUCACCUUUCACCCUUAACCUAACACCUCCAGGUCUAAUCUCACCCAACCUUAGUGGAACAAGCCUGCUUGCAUUUAUCCUGUCUAUAUCCCUGCGUAUUGUCCUGUGUGGCGUGUACAUAUUAAGUUUUUAAAUCCUUAAGAGAGAAGUUCAAGUAAAUGAUGGAAGACCUCCAUAUCUUCUCUGGUGAGGCUCUCUUAAUCUCUAAGCCAAAGGUACAGAACCUUCAGAAGGAAGCAGUUAAUAUAUUAGUUGCAUCACAUGGUGUAAAUGAACAAUUCUCUAUAUUUCAUGGGGACAACCCAGUGGCUCCACAAGUCAAAGAAUGAAAAACCUUUUCCAUUUCUCCUUACCACAGUGCUUUUAGUAAAUUUUAUCUGCUAAUGGUGCUCAUAGCGGUGUCAUUUCUCAUAAAAGGUUGUGCUGCCUUCAAGAAAAGUGGAGUCAAAUUUUUUUAGAAAAAUGGUACAUAAAUUAGUCAGCCGGUGUGAACUGGUCGACAAGGUUGAUGCCUGUAUCGAACUUUGUUGCUAUUAAUGCGUAUGGCAAAGAAAGGAAUAGUUUUUUGUUGUGUUUUUUUUCUGCUGCUAAAAGGGGCCAAUGUUUUACAUUCUAUUUUCCUUGAAUUGUUUAUUGGAAGUUGCUGCUAUUUUUAUUUUCAUAGGUAGGUUUGCGCAUGAAACGCAUCUGUUAAUAAGGGCAAGGCUUUCAACUUGACUUGGUCAUGGUAGUGGGCAGUCUUUCAUCUAACUCCACGGGUUCCCAUCCUGGGCUUCGUGGACUCCUUUGUGACUGGUGGGGGUCCACAGCAUAAAAUAAAGUUUUGGGGACCCCCGGUCUAAACUGUUGAAAAACCCUCAGAUAUUUAAUAUUUCAGUGGACAUCCACUGAGAGGGGAGGGUAAACAAUUUUGGCCCGAAAUAAUCCCGGGUAAAAACUAUUAAAAGCACUCAUAUUUACAUUUGAUAAUGAGUACCGAGUACUGAACACAGCAUGGACCCUCACAUCCAGACACCACUCUGGAACAUGUUCAGUGAGUUUUGACUCAAUAUUAGUUUUGAUAAGAAGAAAUAUAAUGUUUUUGCUGCUUACGUUUGUUAUAAAUAAAAUGGGCCUUAGAAUUUAUGAUAACGUUGAUGUACUCCAAUUCCUAUGUAAAUUUAACUUUGCUCUGCUUUAUUUCUGAGUGUAGAUAUUUCACGUACAAGUCUCAGGUAAUUACACACUUACACGCCAUUUCUGCUUUGGGUUUUAUGAUCACAUUUAGUGCCUAGUUUGUAGUUCUUCUUGAGGUAAAGUUUGAUGUGAGUGCUGUUGAUGAGCAAUGAAUCACCUGACUUUGCCCCAGGUGCAAGUUGAUUGUCUUCAGUGUCCGUCUGUUUUGUCGUUUGGUGUGUUAUUAAGCAUUAAACGUUUUGGAGUUCAGACUAUGAGGUAUCCUGAACCUUCAUGCAGAAUUUGUUGUCUAUGCCUUUUCUUGAAACUUUACAAAUCUUUGCAGACACACAGGUAACUGGAGUAACUCAUUGGGUCGGGCAGCACCCUGGGAAGAAGGGGAGAUCAGUUCUUGUCCAGUCCAGAUUGAGGAUCUUGGCCCAAAACGUUGAUUGUUCGUUUCCCUCCACGGGUGCCGCCCAACCCAUGAGUUCCUCCAGCGUCUUGCGUGUGUUGGUCCAGAUUCCCAGCAUCUGCAGUCUGUCUAAUGUCAGAAUUUCUGCAGAAAUUUAAUAGGUGUGACUCUAGGUUGUGUAAAAGUUAGGGCAGGGUAUGAUGAGUAGCUUAAAAGUGGGCCUGACGUGACACACUCCAGCAGUCCUCAGAUUGUUCUUAACACACCAAUUACAUGUUUAACAUCAUCCAGUCUUUUCACUGUUGUGUCCAUAAGCCAAGAGAUUUAGUUCAUUGGUUGUGUGGUCAGACUUAAUUUCCGAACUUUGAUUUUCAAGCUGAGCUUUUUUUUUAAAAACUCCACUAUGUAAUGCUAUGUGAAAAGUGCAGCAUAUGCUGGUGACCUGGGUGUGCGUUACACAGAUAAAGCUGUAGUUUGCAUACCCUUGACAGAAACACGCCACCCAUUUCAGAGCUUAGCCAUGUAGACCUGGAUCUUCAAAGACCCAUGAUCAGUUAUUCAGAGGUGGGGGAAAGGGCUGGAAGAAAUCUUGAUAAUAUAGUGAGUGUCCCUGCCCAGUUGCUGCUCUCCGGUGUGUUAUUUUAUAUGGUGAGAUCUCUCCCAACAUUAAACACAUGCUGCCGACGCUCGUUGCUGAAACUUAGUCGGGCAGAUUGCAAAUGAUAGACUAAGGAAUGGCUGGCAACAGAGAAACCAGUUCUCAGAUUAGCUCCACCAAGACUAACUGAAGCAAAGUAGGAUGUGUUGUAAGGUUGGUGUUACCAGUCUGAGCUAACGUACAAAAGCAAUUAAAGUGACAUAUAUUCUGGUUGUUUUAUGAAGUACUAAGUUGAAUUAUUGCAAUGAAUUUUAAAUAAACAUCUACUUUAUUUCAUUUUCUUGAAGAGGGCUUCUUUACCUGCAAUUUGUACCUGGUUUUAUUGUGUAAUAAUAAUACUGUCAGUCAGCCCGGUGUGGAGGCGUCUGACUACAAAUAACUGCCCAGCCAAGGCAACUGUUACUGCAGCCUCUUCUCCCAGC